ACAGCCGCCGCCCCCACCCCAGCCAGGGUGGUGCUUGUGUGGGAAGGACUUUUAAGUCCAGCCGCCAGACCCCUGAUCCGGAGAGACCGACAGGGCUGGCCACCAUGCACAGCUCCUGCAGCCUCUGGGCCGCGCUGCCCCCACUGCUGCUGCUGCUGCUGGCUGGCACGGGCCCCACCUCAGCCCUCACGGAGGAUGAGAAGCAGACCAUGGUGAAGCUUCACAACUUCUACCGUGCCCAGGUGUCCCCACCAGCCUCAGACAUGCUGCAGAUGAGGUGGGACGACGAUCUGGCCGCCUUCGCCAAGGCCUAUGCGCAGAAGUGCGUGUGGGGACACAACAAGGAGCGCGGGCGGCGCGGGGAGAACCUGUUCGCCAUCACCGACGAGGGCUUGGAUGUGCCUCUGGCCGUGGAGAACUGGAACGAGGAGCGCGAGCACUACAAUCUCAGCACCGCCACCUGCGAUCCCGGCCAGAUGUGCGGCCACUACACUCAGGUAGUCUGGAGCAAGUCUGAGAGGAUCGGCUGUGGCUCCCACUUCUGCGAGACGCUCCAGGGGGUGGAGGAAACCAACAUCCAUUUGUUGGUGUGCAACUACGAGCCUCCGGGGAACGUGAAGGGACGCAAACCCUACCAGGAGGGGACUCCUUGCUCCCAGUGCCCCGUUGGCUACAGCUGCGAGAACUCUCUCUGUGAGCCCACGAGAAACCCGGAAGAGGCGCAGGAUUCGCCUCCACGGGUGACCGAGGUCCCUUCCACCCGAGCAGCUGAAGCCCCAAGCUCCAGGGAAACCGGUACUCUGUCCCUAGCAACCUCUGAGAUUCUACAUUUCUCCUCGGUGACAAAGGUCUCGGACUCCCUGGCAACCGAGUCCUCACCUGCCGUAGAAACAAAGGCCCCAUCUUCCUUAGCAACGGAAGCCCCCCCCUCCAUGGCAACAGAGGCUCAAUCCUUCCCGACGGAGAUCUCCUCCGUUCCCGCUGUGCACAUCCAGCCCUCACUGGACGAAGGGCCAGUUAACGUUCUCACAUCACCACAUGUCCCUGUCCCCAAAUCUACGGACAAAGAAGCCAGCAGGUCAAGUGCAACCUCCGUGACCCCAGAGAAAUCUCUGUACCCCAAGACGUCCCCAACACAGGGAGAGAUCCUACCCCAGGCCCAGGUGGAGGCUGAGACCCAGUUGCCUGAGGCAGAGGCCGAGUUGCCUGAGGUUGAGGCCGAGUUGACUGUUUCCAGUGAGGUGGCGGUGCCGGUUCCUCCAGCCCAGGAGCACAGUGGGCCACAGGCCUCACUGAACCACUCGGGCCACCCUGCCUCCACGUCCCUGCCCAACUUCCCCAGGGCCUCUGCCUCGGCUAAUGCCACAGGUGGGCGCACCCUGGCCCUACAGUCACCCUGGACAGGUGCAGGGGACCCUAAAAGCGCUGGCUGGGGUUUGAAGCAGAACUCUGGUCACCUAUGGGGCCCUUUCCUGGGACUGCUGCCUCCCCUGCUGUCGGCUGGCAUAUUCUGAAGGGGACACUCAAAGCCAAGGCCUGAGUCCAGGAGUGCCUACUGCCUUCCCAGGGGAACAGGGAGCUGUGUAACUGCUGUGUCCUCCAUCCUGUCCCCAGCCCUCAAACAGGAGUCCGCCUGGCUGAAGGCCCUCUGGAAGGGAAAAGCAGUGGGGUCCGGCUCACCGGAAACUGCACGCCAGGGCCCUUCCCGCGCCCCUUACUACAGUGUCCCACGGAGGGUGUGACUCUGAGGACACCUGCCUGCCCCUCAGGGUGGGGGUGGGCUACUGUCUGCCCUCAGGCUGCAGGGCUCCCCAUCUGAGUGUCCAGGGGGCUCAGACGCAGACCACGAGGGCCAGGUGAAGGACAAGCCCCACCCAAGUGGGGUUCUGUGGGUGGGGAGGCAGGGAGCAGGUGACCAGCAGACUCCUUGACUCCUGAAUAAAGACAGAGUUGCGGGACAUCCGCCCCCGCCCACCUA